CGGAUGGAGCUCCCCCCCCCUCCCAGUUAUGUCAUUACUUCAGUUCCUUUGAAUCAGAAUAAAAAGUGCAGCAAACUUCAGACUCAUUGACUGCAGGCUUAACAAGCGCCGGGGCUUUUCUCCUCUCUGCAGCUUGCAAGGAUCUUUGGAUUUUGCAACAGUUCCAAGAAAACAAUGGCCAAGUUCUCCUUAUGGGCAACUUUUGGAUUAUGUCUGCUGAAGCUCUGUCUAACAGAAACAGAAUUCAAUGUAAGCUGCAGAUACGGAGGAGUUUUUCAUGUSGAGAAAAAUGGUCGCUACAGUCUCACACGAUCUGAAGCAGUCGAACUCUGCAGAGCUCUCAACAGCACCUUGGCAACACUAGAGCAGCUGAGGACAGCUCAUGAGCUUGGAUUUGAAACCUGCAGGUAUGGUUUUGUAGUGGGGUAUGUUGUUAUCCCUCGGAUCAAUCCCUACCAUCUUUGUGCAGCAAAUAAAACUGGCAUUUACAGACUUCCAGCAAACACAACUGAUCGGUAUGAUGCUUACUGCUACAAUGCAACAGAAACACAGGAAAAAACAUGUGAGCCAGUUGAAAGAAUAGAUAUUUCUUUACUCAGUAAUCAGGAUGAAACAGUCAUUGACAAUGCAGAUGGCUCCCGUUACAACGCCGAUGGCACGCGCCACAGCGGCGGAGAAUCCUCAACCUCAGGGGUGGAUGAUGAGAACGCAGGCAGUGGAUCCACUCAUGAGACAACUCCCGUGGAUACCUCCAUCAGGAGAUCCAGCCCCUCAUAUUAUGGAAGCCCUACUCCGGUCUCACAGCUGCCAGAUCAUACUUCUGGAGGAGGGGAAAAAGGAAUUMUUGGAAAAGAUUAUGAUAACGAAUUUCCAUCUCUAUCACCGGACGUCACUUCAGAGACCGAGGCUGGUGAUUACCAUGAAAAAUAUGAUGGACAGUAUCCUGCCAGUCCUACUGUGAACUCACAACACGAAACACUUCUGGGAAUCACCACACAAAAUCAUUGGARCCCCACCUUUACUGAUGAAGAGGAGUACUCUCCUAGCUCUGCCAGCAGGGUACUAGUUACAAGUGAAAAUGAAAAACACCAAGGACCAACCCAGCAUCCAGUAUUACACAGCAUUCAUUCUGGAGGGAUCACUCAAGAGCAAAAUCCUGCAAACACCACUGGCAGUAUUGAACAACAGGAAUUUACUAUUGCAGGCGAAAAUUAUUUUGGAAAGGAAACUUCUCCUACAGCUAUGGUCCYCAGCCAAGGGGCCACACAGAAUGACUCAGCACAAGAGCCGUGGGUGUAUCCAGGCUGGCACGAGGGAGAGGAUUAUGCCACACAGCCAGCGGAUAGAGUAACGGAUAGAGCUAUUCCUUCCAGAGGGAACGCUUGGGAAAGACACUCUGCCACUACAGCCGUUGCCUCUCCUGAYGGUGCCCACCASACAGACCCAACUCCAUCACCUCUGCCUGCAGACAGUGAGCCAGGACAGGGCACUGAUGGCAUCACAAACCCCAAAGAUGCCCCCAGGGUUGAAGUUCUCCACAGGACCACAGCCACUGUGACCGAMACUGUCACRUCCUCCACCGACAUUCUGGCACCGGAAGAUGUCACCCAAGAAGUGUGGGCACCCCACCUUGUCACAGCUGUUUCCUCCCCUGAUGGUGCCCACCACGCAGACCCAACUCCACCACCUCUGCCUGCAGACAGUGAGCCAGGACAGGGCACUGAUGGCAUCACGAAUCUCACGGAUGCCCCCGAGGAUGAAUUCUUUCACAGGACCACAGCCACUGUGACCGACACUGUGACAGAGUCUGUGGAUGAUGCUGACCAAGAGAAAGCGACCCAGGAGCCUCUGGCACCGGGCRCUGUGCCUGGAAGGGAAGAGGAACAGGUGAACACCACAGAUGGCUCCCAUGUUCAUGGCAUACCUGGAGURUUUUCAGACAUUGAAGACCGCUUUGUUCCCUUUCAGACUCCUCUUACUCCCAGCUCUACCUCCAGUGUAUAUGGUAACCAAAGACCACACAAGGGCGAGUUUGAAUCCACGACUUCCCCUGGAGAGACCACCACAACAAAAGUAGCUACACAGCCAAGGUCGGCCCCUGUUCCAGAGUGGCUGAUCAUCGUCGCAGCUCUCGUGGCGCUGGCGCUGGUCCUCGCAGUGUGCAUCGCUGUCAACAGCCGCAGGAGGUGUGGGCAGAAGAAAAAGCUGGUGAUUAACAAUGGCAAAGGGGCAGUGGAGGACAGGAAGACAAGUGAAUUAAAUGGAGAUGUCAGCAAAUCACAAGAAAUGGUGCAUUUGGUUCAUAAAGAGCAGUCAAAUGACCGAACACAAGCAUGUGACGAAUUCCUGACUGUUAAUGAAACACAAAACCAUCACGAGUUUGACAUGAAGACUGGAGUGUAAUGGCACCACACUGCCAAAGCAGAUCAGGGCUGGGGAAAUCAAAAUCAYGUGGAACUUGAACAGGAAUUCACAGAUGCACUGUGCUACUGAUGUCUUUUGAACAUAAAUAUAACUUCUAUUUCUUUUCAAUCACUUUGCAAUGAUGCCUGAGUUUAAAAAUUGACAUGUGCUUUCUGAAAUACACCCCCAAGAGUUGCAUAAGGCUCUCAGUUCCCAGUCCCUACACAGAGGACUCUCUCCUGGAUAUUAGGAGGCAUACAAGUUUACAUCAUUAUUCCCCAGAUGGAAGUUCUUCACUGUGUGGAGCUAAAGAAAUAUCCAGUCACUCCAUCUUGCAGAUAUUUAAGGUACUAAAUAUGCCAUGGUACAGAAGCAAGUGAAGAAAAAUGUCAACAGUAAAAAAAUCAAGUUUAAACCCAAAAGGCAUCUUCUACAAUGUCUGAAACAUCAGAAUCCUUCAGAAAUGCCUUCCAGCAGGAAGAGCAGUGGGUGCUGCCAGUAUAAACAAAAAGUGACAUUUUAUGAUUAUGUAUGGCUUGAUCUGUGAUGAGGGAAACCCAGAAGGACAAAAUUUAUUUAUCUCUAUUUUUAAAUGUCUAUGGGCACACAGCAAGUUUUCUCGGGAGGGACACAGAGAGAUGAAAGCGUGAGCUGAUCCUUAAUAAACUUCUAUACUUUAUUAUCCUAGGAACCUUUACAAUUAUCCUUGAGUUUUUGAGAUAUUCAUUGCUCUCCUGUCUCCCUCAUUCAUUGGUCCAAGUUUGUGCAUGUUUUUAAUGAGUCUGUUAGUUAAGAUAACAAAUAAAACUAAAUGACCCCAGCUCUAUUAUAUAUGCACAAAUCAAGCAAUUGAGGUCACUAGGGAAGCUGGCAUUAUUUUGUUCCUGAAGAAUAGGUCUCUAUAUUCUGCUCCAUUUUACUUAGGAGAUGCUGAGCCUAUUAAUUUUUUCCCCUGUAACUAUUAUAUUAUACCAGAUUGCUGAUAUUUUAAAAGUUGCUUUUCUGUGAUCUUGCUCAUUUCCUCAGAAUUCUAUUUCAUCCACAUUUUUUCUGUCUGCUUUUUUAAAAACACCAAAAGAAACAUCGCUUGCUUGUUGGUACCUGAAGCUCAAAUCUGCAGAAAAGAUCAAAGCAAAUGCAAGGAAACUCUCCCAGCCWUGUAAAAUAGUAGAGUAGCUGCACUGCAUUGUUACAUGCUUUUGUUAUGUCCUUUCGUGUCUGUUUGUUUAYGUAAAGUAUUUGUACUAAGCUAUGAUGCUGUGCAUUAUAUUGAUAUGAAUUGUCAGGAAAAGAAUUACUUAUUACCAGUGGUCUGUGCCAUUUUUAAGAAAGYGUGUUGGAAUGGAGGGAGAAUGAUAACUUCUAAUUGGACUGCCCCCAGGAAAUGCAAGGAAAAGCCUUGGUCUGUGUCAGCUGUGGGGUGUGGAUGGUCUGUAGCAGGUUAUUCAAGGGUUCUGUUCCCUGACCACAGCCCCUGUCUUUGAAACUGCUCUGCUAAAGUGUGUUAGUUUGUGUUCUCCAUCUGAAGCAGUCUGGAGGAUGAGUAUUCAGCUGGCUAGAUCCUGACUUUAGCUAGAACUGAUCUUCACUGGAACAUAAAGCACAGGACAGUUGAUUAUAUUUGUGAGUCACAGCCCUCCAGCAGUUCCCCAUGUGCUUCAUGGAAAUGCUCAAGUGCCCUGGAAUCUGCUGGCAGAUCUCCUCAGGGCAAUUUACACCUGGGCACAAAGUCCAAGACAAGGUGAUGUCUYAAAAGACACAUAGGAUGUUGUCUGACUUUAUGUAGGUCAGAUAUUUCAUCUACGAACAGUGCAUUGAUUUUUGUUUGAUGUUUUUAAGCAAGUUUUUCUAUUUCUCAUUAUAAAUCAAAAUGAACUGUUGAAGGCUGUGUUUAAACUGAUGGUAGGUACUCAUUCCACUAAGUAUGGAGAUCCAGGAUAAUAAUUAYUCCUCUCUUUAAAUCCUAUCUGAGUAUAGGUUUCAGCAAAAAAGACUUAUUUCAUAGUCUUGGAAGCUAAAUUUCUCUUUUUAAAAAAAUGAAAAAUCUGUCGCAGGUUAUUCAUCUCCCUAUUCAGAUGUUGAAUGAAGAAAUGCACAAAUUUCUUCCUAAUUUAUCUUAUAUUGAGUAGCUAUAAAAGCACAGACAACACUGUUUGGGUUCUUUAUAUAUUUUUAAAUGGGAGAUGCUCAAGAGUCAAUGCCAUUAUUUUAUAUAUGCUGAUUCUUUUUAGAGUAUGUCCUGUGCCUUGUGUAAUUGUUUCAUUAUAGUUUCAAGACUAGAUGGCCAUUUCAUAUGUGUAAUAUAGUACAUAUUUUUUAUUAAUCUUGCUUUUAUUAUGAGGGGUUAUUUGUUGUGUGUAUGUAUUUUUAUAUAGAGCACUUGAUAUAUUUGCAUAUUUAUUUAACAGAUUAAUCAGAAUGAAAGAAAAUCUCAUCUCUAAAUUGUAACUAGAAAUAGUAUUGCUAAAAACACAUCGGACUUUAAAAUAAGCUUCCAAAAUAAACCUGAUUCCACUCUGAGGAUAAAAUGUAAGACCAGAAAUUAGUGGGAGAGAAGUGUCCAGCAGGAUAGUUGUGUUGAGUGCUGUGAUCAUUUUUUUCUGCUUGAGAAUUCCAAGCCAGGCUGAGGUGAAUGCUGUGUGACCUUGUCUGCUCUGCCAGCCCCCCGUGGGCUCCACAGAUGUUCUGAGGGUUGGUGCUGAACUCAGCUUUCCCCCAGAAGGAGACAACAACUCGGUUCAAUUUGAGAUCAGCCCCGUGAGAUCUCGACAAGCAUUCCUGGCUCACUGAACCCACAGCAUUUGGAGAGCUCAGCACCCAGCAAGGUCCAGCCCUUCCUGCAGGGUGCUGACAGGCAAACUGUGUCCUGGKCUGUGCUUGGUGCCCUGGAAGAAUGAGGAGCUCUCCUAAAGAUGCUAAGGAGAUCAGACCCUGCGAUCAGCUUGUGCUAUUCCUUUGUCUUGGAAAAUUUCAAAUAAAUGUGAUGCAGAUCAGUGGAGAUACUGCCUAAAGCAGCAAGCAUAUUCAAGAGGAAGAUGAUUGUAUGUUUUGUGAGAAAGUAAUAUUUUCAUGAAGCAAUGCAAGCUGACUGUUUAAUCUGUAUUUUCUUGAAGAUCUGAAAAGGAAWGUUUGAUUAAAGCAGAGAAAGGA